AAUACAGUUUAUUUUCUCUGUUACUGUCUCUUUAAAUGUGGCGGGCUGCCCUGUUGUUGCCGUGCUGGAAACCCCGUACUGACUGUGAAGGGACCCAAGAUGGCUGAAUACUCACGGGGGGCACUUAGCAAUUAUCUGAGCAAGACAUCGGCAAUGAAUGGCAAAUAGCAGUAUAAUGUAAAGCGUAACCUUCAAGUAAUUAUACGACUCCAGUUUGUUGGUUUGCACAGUUUUGGGGAUGCAUGAGUAAGAGUAAGGAGAGAGUGGUCUCUCCGCGGCCCCGAGCCAGAACAUGGCGGAACACUUGGGGAAGAAAUAGCAGCUAACGUUAGCUAGCUGGCGUAUUAUUUAAAGAAGAAUAGAAACAUUGUUCCAGGCUUAAAACAGGUGUCUGUUGUCCGCAAGUAUAAAGUAAUGUUAUCGACAGCUAACUCUAUAGUUAAUCUGCUUCAAAUGGUAGUUUAACAUUGGAUAUGUGGAGCAUAGGUACUUAGCGUACUAGCUAGCGAGUUAACUCGUAAGGGUUGAUAGCUAACGUUACCUGUAAGCGUACAAACUGUACAUAUAAGCAGGAGUGUUUCGUGAGCCAGUCAUCGUAAUAUCUGCUUCUUUUUCAGUACUCUGUUCUCAGCUGUAUAUUGCAGUGACAUUCGUUGUUUUGUCGUUUAACGCGUAAGAUAACGACGUCCUCUGCUCUUUAAUUUUGUCGUUAGCUUCCUACAAUGGUUUGUACGCGGAUUCUGCGUGGCGCCUUGCCUAUAGCGCUGGCAGUGUAAGUUUUGAGGCAGCUCGUCAAGAAAUGCGAGAUAUUGCAGUAGUAAUUUUAACAACUAUUGCGGAAUCCUGCUGGAAACUUGUUGAGGCGAUCCACUUUUAAGUUGCUUUUAGAACUUAUCCUAAGUGACCCCCCGCCGAUUCAUAUUUAGUUAAUACUCUUGUAGAAGUGAGCAGCUGUAAAAAGUGAAUUGAAGUUGUGGCGUUACUAGGUGAAGAAAGCACCCCGUAAAAGGCCCGGAAGGGGAGAACGGGUUACAAGAAACUGCCAGGAUGACGGACACUCGUCGGCGAGUCAAAGUCUAUACCCUCAAUGAGGACAGACAGUGGGAUGACCGUGGGACCGGGCACGUCUCGUCGGGCUAUGUGGAGCGCUUGAAAGGCACGUCUCUCCUGGUGCGAGCAGAGAGCGAUGGUUCCCUUCUGCUGGAGUCCAAAAUUAACCCAAACACAGCCUACCAGAAACAACAGGACACAUUGAUAGUGUGGUCAGAGGCUGAAAAUUAUGAUCUAGCACUCAGUUUCCAGGAGAAGGCUGGCUGUGAUGAAAUCUGGGAGAAAAUAUGCCAGGUGCAGGGAAAGGACCCUUCAGUUGACAUCACACAGGAUGUGGUGGACGAAUCGGAGGAGGAGCGUUUUGAUGACAUGUCAUCCCCAGGUUUGGAAUUACCGCCAUGCGAACUGAACCGUUUGGAGGACCUGGCCGAGUUGGUGGCCUCUUCUCUCCCAUCACCACUGCGGCGUGAAAAACUAGCACUGGCUGUGGAGAAUGAAGGCUAUAUUCGCAAGCUCCUGGAAUUGUUCCGUGUUUGUGAGGAUUUGGAGAACAGAGAGGGACUGCACCACCUGUAUGAAAUAAUGAAAGGCAUCUUCCUGCUGAAUCGUACUGCACUCUUUGAGGUGAUGUUCUCUGAUGAGUGCAUAAUGGACGUCAUUGGUUGCCUGGAGUUUGACCCAGCACUCCCGCAGCCAAGGCGGCAUCGUGAGUUUCUCACUAAAACAGCCCGUUUUAAGGAGGUGAUCCCCAUCUCUGAUCCUGAACUGCGUCAGAAAAUUCACCAGACAUAUCGGGUGCAGUAUAUUCAGGAUAUGGUGCUGCCCACGCCCUCUGUUUUUGAGGAAAACAUGCUGUCCACCUUGCACUCCUUCAUCUUUUUCAACAAGGUGGAGAUUGUGGGCAUGCUACAGGACGAUGAGAAGUUCCUGACAGACCUCUUUGCACAGCUAACAGAUGAGGCCACAGAUGAUGACAAAAGACACGAACUGGUAAACUUCCUAAAGGAGUUCUGUGCAUUCUCUCAAACAUUACAACCUCAAAACAGGGAUGCUUUCUUCAAGACAUUAUCAAACAUGGGCAUUCUACCUGCACUAGAGGUUAUUCUGGGAAUGGACGAUGUUCAGGUGCGUGGGGCAGCCACAGAUAUCUUCUCUUAUCUGGUGGAAUACAACCCCUCCAUGGUACGAGAGUUCGUCAUGCAGGAAUCACAGCAGAAUGAUGAUGACAUCCUCUUGAUCAACCUGAUCAUAGAGCACAUGAUCUGUGACACAGACCCAGAGCUUGGUGGUGCAGUGCAGUUAAUGGGUCUGCUGCGAACUCUGGUGGAUCCAGAGAAUAUGCUUGCUACUGCAAAUAAAACAGAAAAAACUGAGUUUCUGAGCUUCUUCUACAAGCACUGUAUGCAUGUUUUAUCAGCUCCACUACUGGCCAACACCACGGAAGAAAAACCUAGCAAAGAUGACUUUCAAACAUCCCAGUUGCUGGCCUUGAUUUUGGAGCUGCUAACGUUUUGUGUUGAGCAUCACACCUAUCACAUCAAGAACUACAUCAUCAACAAGGAUAUUCUCAGGAGGGUAUUGGUGCUCACAGCCUCCCGGCAUGCUUUCCUGGCUCUAUGCGCCCUGCGUUUCAUGCGAAGAAUUAUUGGUCUAAAGGAUGAAUUCUACAAUCGCUACAUCAUGAGAAAUUUUCUCUUUGAACCUGUCAUCAAGGCCUUCCUCAAUAACGGCUCACGCUACAAUCUCAUGAACUCUGCUAUUAUUGAGAUGUUUGAGUAUGUUCGUGUGGAGGAUGUGAAGUCUCUAACGGCUCAUAUAAUAGAGAACUACUGGAAGGCUCUUGAGGAUGUGGACUACGUCCAGACAUUUAAAGGCCUAAAGCUGCGGUAUGAACAACAACGAGAAAGGCAGGACAACCCCAAACUUGAUAGCAUGCGCUCCAUCUUGAGGAACCACCGCUUCCGACGUGAUGCACGGACGCUGGAGGAUGAGGAGGAGAUGUGGUUCAACGCAGAUGAAGAUGACCUUGAGGAUGGCGAGGCAGUUGUUCCUCCCUCUGAUAAAAUGAAGAGUGAGGAAGACCUCAUGGAACCAAUUAGCAAGUUCAUGGAAAGAAAGAAAUGUACGUUGAAAGACUCAGAGGAGAAAGAAGUUUUGGGAAAGUCGAACUUGUCGGGCAGACAGAAUCCCAGUUUCAAGCUUUCCUUCUCGGGCUCCACUAAAACCAGCCUCUCCAGCCCUCCUUCAUCUGCCUCAUUAAACCCAGGUUCUCCAGGAUCGCCAGGGUCUCCAGGGUCUCCAGGCUCAGGCGCACGGAGCUCACCCUCCACCACAACUGUAACCACAAAGGGAGGUUUGGUGGGACUUGUGGACUAUCCUGAUGAUGAUGAUGAUGAGGAGGAGGAAGAGGAGGAGGAGGAUGGAGAGAGUAAAGAAGACCCUCUGCCACCCUCAAAGAAGUCCAAGCUGAGCUCCUAAAGAAGCGUCACUGUCUCAGCUUAUGCACCGCUCAGGCAGUCUCAGCGCAUAGACUUUACACAGGAACGAUCAAACUUGUAAACAAAUUGAAUGAAUGAAAACCACCGCUCAGUGUCAACGGGUGGCCACAUGAGGAGCAGACUGUGAAUGGAUCUGAAGGCUCUUCACACUAGUCCAAUUCAUACAAGUGCCAAUCAGGAGACCAGGAGUGGAAAAACCGUCUGAAAAUGGGAAGAGACGAUUGAAAGUUUGGAGAGGGGAAAAAAAUUUCACUCAAUAAAUCUUCAGCGGACUCAAACAGUAUGAGCCAUGAGUUUGGUAAUUUAGCAACUGGAGGAAAAGACCACAUACAAAAAACACAUACAACACAGACAGAAAUCCCAGAGAGCUCGCGGGCUUGGACCAUAACCCACUGACCCCCACCUGCCCCCCACUCAGGGAAGGACAUCACAGUGGCCCAAACGGGUCGGCCAAUUCAGACCUAGAACCACCACUCGCACCCCCGUCCCCUCCUCAGAAUCCACUUCCUUCCUGUUCCUUUCUCCUUCUUUUCUCCCCUGCUCUCUCCCUUCUCUUUGUCUGUUGCUUUUUCUCCCUUUUUAAGUUAGCAUAUAGGACCAGAUGGGAGGCAGCAUGUGGCAAAGCGCUGUCCUUGUUGUCAUUUGAUGAUGUCAUCAGUGUCGCCGUUCCUCAGCGGACGUUGUUUCUCCGAAGAGGAAAAAAAGCCAGCAGUUUCUUCAUUAUUUUCUUUUAUGUUCUGUAUUUGUCACAGUCUAUUUUUUUUUUUUUUUUUGUAAAUGACUACAAAAAAAAGACCUGCCUUUAAAUGUUCAGGACGUUUUCAGUCACACUUGAACAGGUUUUUAAAGACCUCAGUAGGUGAGCUAGUUUUACCCUUUUUGCCCUUUGAAACUGCAGAUUUUUUGGAGAAUUUGUAAUCCCGUCUUGAUUAAAGAUUGAGUGGAAUUCUAGAUGUGAUGAAUUUUGUCAUAUCUUUUGUUUUUCCUUUCUUUUACAUGAGUGUACACUAGUUGUUCAGAAAAUUUGGGACCAUUAAAAUGAUCUUUGCUG